GUGUGUGGGGAGAUAUGUCGUGGGUGAUGUCCUCUUCGUAGUAGGCAGAGGGCAUGUGUUUUGCUGUGGGCAAUUGAACAGUAAUGGACCGAGUAGACAGACGGUCGAGUAGCCAAUUAAUGGCAGGAGUGAUAGAAAGAAUGACGUUUCGGCUGCUGAUUGUUUUGUUAACUCUUUCACCAACAUCUCUUCUGGCAACCGACUCUUCUUCAUUGGCCGAGAUUACUUCAAGUCCUUCUCUGUCUGCAAUUAACCCAUCCAUGACAAACACCUUUAACUCCUCUCUGACAAGCAGUAUUAACCCCUCUGUGGCUAACGUUAACACCUCAGUGACUGAUACGUACAUGCUUCAAGCACGUAUGAAAAAACGAUGCCAUCACUAAUCCUUGCCACUUUCUCGUCUCUAUCACCUGCUGUCAGUACAACAAUACAUCCACUACCAACUACAUCUCUCAUUAGGAUGCAGCCUUCACCUACUGAUAAGCCAACACCAAGCACAUCCUCUCUCCCCCUCUCUCUGGGGGCAAUAAUUGGAAUAGCAUCGGGCGGAGUGUGUGGCUUCCUCACAUUCAUAUCCUGUCUGUUUUGCUGCUGGUACCAAUGUUGCCGCUCGACUGGCCACCACUACACCUACACCACCGGGGCAGCAACAGAGUUCAAGAUCACUGCGCAGUAUUGGGUACAGGGGUCGGCCCAGUACAGAGUCCGCAACACUAGGAGAGACUCUCUGAGUAGCCUGUCUCGAAUGUCUAGCCUCAGUCGCUCCAGAAUGUCCAGUCUGAGGAGCUCUUUCGGGACGAGGGGGAAAGGGAGGGAUGUGGGAGACAGUGAGACUUAUGAGAACCAAGCCACACAGCCAGCUGACUUCUUCAGCACUCCUGUAUAGCUCACACAUUUUUCAUCUGGUGCAUACACACU